AUGAAGGGAUUCAUUGGUGGUAUUCCAUUGGCCCUUUUGGUGGCUGCUGUCCAGGUCCAGGCCAUGGAGCAAGGCGCUGUGAGUACAGACGACGAGGAUGGGACUUUCACUAGCCCAUACAGUGCGGACGUUCACACUCACACAAACGUGAAUGAGCACUACAAGGACAACCACUCCAUCAAGAUCAAGGACAAGAACAUCUACCCUCCUCCCAGCUUCGGUCACGGUGGUCCCGGUCCUGCUCUUGGUCCCGGUGCUGGCCCAUUUGGCCAUGCGGAUGGCCCUGGAGCUGGCCCAUUCAACAAGCGUUCCUGGCCCUCCGGCGGCACGGCCGAGGGUGGUCCUUCUGGCAAUGACGAGGGUCAGACCUUCAAUAUGCCUAUUACUGGCAUCUUUCACACCGAUGUGAAUGAGUAUAGCAAGGAUGACCACUCCGUUCACGUGAAGAACAAGGACAUCCACCCUGGCCCUGUCAUCGAGGCUGCUCCGUUCCACCCUCCUCCCCAGUUUGCUGGUCCUCCCAAUGGCCCUGGUGGUCACGCUCCCUACCGCAAGGCCAGCGGUGAAUCAUCCGACAAGUUUGAGGUCUCAGCUGAUGGUUUCACUAAGCGAUUCUCCCCUGGCGGUACCGCGAUGGGAGGUCCCGGCGGUGGUGAGUCCCACGGGCCCAAGGGAGAGGAGGGCUACCCCGUGAUUGCUGGAGGCACCGCAAUGGGUGGGCCUUCCGGUGAUGAUGAGGGUAUCAAUUGGGAUAUCUCCCAGACUGCUGACAUCAAGACGAAUGUGAACGAGGAUUACGAAGAUGAUCACUCCAUCAACAUCAAGCACAAAGAUGUUUUCCCUCCUCCUUCUCACCCUCCCUUUGGUUUCCCCAAGCGUGGUCUCUACCCCCACAGUGGCGGUACUGUCAUUGGCGGUCCUUCUGGAGAUGACGGUGGCCAGAGCUUCAACAUGCCUAUCACCGUGGAGACCGACACUGCCGUGAACGAACAUUAUCAAGAUGACCACUCCAUUGACCUGAAGCACGAGGACGUCUAUCCUGCGCCGCAUUUCGGUCACCCCUUCCGUCGUGCCUACUCCCCUGAUUCUGCUGACCGUGAAGGUGGUGACGAUGACGAUUAUUCUCCUCCCAUCGUCUCUGGCGGAACUGCUAUGGGCGGCCCUUCCGGUGACGAUGAUGGUAUCAACUGGGGCUCUCCCACUCAUAUCGGUGUUGAUACCAAUGUGAAUGAGCAUCAUGAUGACAACCACGCUGUCAAGAUUGACACUACCACUGUCCACCCGUCUUCGUGGGAUUUCCACCCGGCCCCGGCCCCGGCCCCUGCACCGGUCCACGAGGUCCACGAAGUCCACGAGGUCCCCGCUCAAACCGUCCACGAGGAGGUUCCCCAGAUGCCCUGGAUGACCUACACUGACCAGCAGCACGCUGCCGGUGUUCCUGCCGAGAUCCACACGACCCCUGCGGCCCCCGAGCACCAUGAGAUCCCUGCGCCCUCUGAGCCUGCUCCUCCCUCCCACCGUGCUGAGGAAGAGCACGUUCCCGAGUGCUCCGCUCAGGUCCACGAGGUCGUCCACACUGUGACUGAGACCCAGUACAAGCAGGUUCAGGCCACCGAGACAGUCUACCAGCAGGUCCCUGUUGUCUCGCAGGUUGUCCAGACUAGCGCUGUCCCCAUGCACGCUGUGCCCAUGGAGUCCGGGUCUGACCCCAAGAUCAUGUCAUUCUCCGCCCCUGCCCGCUCUUCUUCUUCCAACGUUCCCUACGCGAGCUACCCUUACUCUGCUGCCAAGAGCUCCAUGAGUGCCCCCGCUGCUAUGUACUCUCAGAUCCCUGUCCAUGUCCCCAUGGCCACCCCCUCUUCUUCUGCCUCCAUGAUGCCUAUGGUUACCCCUGCUUCUAGCCACGGGUUGAACAUGCCCACCGGAGUUUCCCCUGAGCAGAGUGCUUUCGCCUCCAGCUCUGCCCAUGCUUCUCCUUCCAAGGGUGUCAUGUUCACCGGUGCUGCUAGCCGCGUGUCUGGUGGUAUUGUCUCCGCUGCCGCUGCCGUUGCCGGUGUCCUUGCCUUCAUCCUGUAA